CUCACCAUGGAGUAUGGAGAACGUUCAUCAACCGCUUGCUUGCCGCUCAAGGAAGAAAAGCUCCAACAAAACCCUAAAACAACCAAAGGUAGACAGAAGAUAGAAAUCAAACAGAUCAGCGAGGAGAGCAAGCGGCAAGUGACGUUUUCAAAACGCAGAACGGGACUUUUCAAAAAAGCGGCAGAGUUAAGCGUCCUAUGCGGCGCACAGAUCGGUAUCAUAACGUUUUCACGUCGCGGAAGGAUCUACACGUUUGGUAACGCGGACACACUCGUUGAAAACUACUUGCGGAGGACGCCCGUGAUGCUGAGGUCACAUCCUGGUGGUGACAUGGCAAACGAAGGUGAAGAGGUAGACGGUUUGAAGUGGUGGGAGAGGACGGUGGAGAGUGUGCCGGAGGAGGAGAUGGAAGAGUACAUGACGGCUUUGAAUGGGUUAAGGGACAAUUUAUGGACGAGGAUCUGUCAGCUGGGUGGUGAUCAGACGGUUCAGAUGAAUGCUCCGGUGUUUCAGAAUCAGAUGGCUGAGAUUGAAUGGAAACUGACGGAUGAGAAUGUGACGGUUAGGAAUGAUCAAGGUCAAGCAGGUGACGAUGGAUACCUAGACGUUGCGGCUGGUACGUUUCUGUCUCAAAUCCGUAAGCGAUGA